AUGGCUUCCGCGACGGCUUUCUACGACUUUAAACCCUUGGACAAACGCGGCCAAGAAGUCCCUCUCGCCGACUACAAAGGCAAAGUCGUCCUCGUCGUCAACACCGCCUCCAAAUGCGGCUUCACACCCCAGUACGCCGGACUCGAAAAAGUCUGGAACGAGAUCAAGCAAAAGAACCCCGACGACUUCGUCAUCCUCGGCUUCCCCUGCAACCAGUUCGGCGGCCAGGAGCCCGGAACCGACGACGAGAUCCAAAGCUUCUGCCAGGUCAACUACGGCGUGACCUUUCCCAUCAUGAAGAAGAUCGACGUCAACGGUGACCACGCCGACCCCCUGUACAAGUGGCUCACGAACGAGAAGCCCGGGCUCAUGGGCAUCAAGAGGGUCAAGUGGAACUUUGAGAAGUUCCUUAUUGGGAGGGACGGGACGAUUAAGGGACGGUGGGCGUCGACGACGAAGCCUGAGUCGUUGGAGCAGCCGAUUCUUGAUGCGCUUGCGGAGAAGGCGUGA